AUGAAGAGCUGCAUCUUUGGCUUAAGACAGCAGCAACAGCAACGUGGUACAAAUAAAGUGAUGAGAAAUGGAAAACAGCGACUCUCAGUGAGAGGAGAAAUGGGUCCUGGAGAAGCGUGUAAACAGCUCGCGUUCAUCAUCGAGCGGUGCCUCCCCGGGCCCCGCUUUCGUUAUUCCCUUGUUCCAGCCGUCGAUACCGCCUCGGGCGCGACCCACUCCAGUCGCCAAGGCCAGCGGCUCAUUACGGACCCGGCCCUGGACAAAGGCGGGGGGCACCUCCCGCAGAGCAGACCCCUGUGCGGCGGGGCGCACAAAAGGUUACGGCCAGAUAAAUCACAGCGGCGCGGGUCACGCGCUCCUUACACACAGAGUUGCUUCCGUGCUGCAUGGUUUGGACCGCCACGUCCGGCGGGUACUUUAAUCAGCCACUUGCCGCUGCGGAGCAGCCGACGUGACUCGGACCUCAGCAGCGGCGCUGGCUGCCGGGCGGUGGCGGUGGCGCGCGUCAGCCCGGCCGCGUGCGCCUGGCAUUCAAUUAGCGCCACAGCGGCCGCUCUGUCCGUCUGUCCGUCCCGCGUCCAGCCUCCGCCUCCGCCGCCGCCGCCUCUGCCUCCACCGCCUCCAGAGCCGCCACCGCCACCGCCGUCACCGGAUCAAUACAGAGGCGCGGGACGGCGGAGCUCUCCGGAUCCGCCCCCGCCAUCCGUCGUCGCCUGA